UGCUUAAGCUCCAUUUGUUACAGCUCAGGGAAGGCCUAUCCCACAUGAUCUGACUCACAGAUCCUCUUUCGUUCACUGGGAGCUGUCUUAGAAGAGAGGAAAGAGCUCUCAAAUGCUCUGUCGACUCGGGAACUCAAUAGAACAAUGGAAUAUCAUCCUGACUUAGAAAAUUUGGAUGAAGAUGGAUAUACUCAAUUAGACUUCAGCUCCCGAAGUGUCCCCAGGAGACCUGUGAUCUCAAAGAAAGAAAUUCUUUCCAGCUCUUGUCCCGCGAACUGGAUUAUGCAUGAGAACAGCUGUUACCUAUUGAGCACAUCAGAGGAUUCCUGGGAGAGAAGUAAAGCACAAUGCUCUCGACAGGGCGCUAAUCUCCUGAAGAUAGAGAGCUCAAAUGAAUUGGAAUUUAUAAAAACUCAAAUUUCUUUCAAACCUAAUAAAUCGUUUUGGAUGGGGCUCUCUCGCCAUCAGACUAACGGACCAUGGCUCUGGGAGGAUGGCUCAAUGUUCUCUUCUUACUUGUUUCAAAUCAUAACCACUGCUACCCAGGAAAACUCAUCUCACAAUUGUGUAUGGAUUCACAGUUCAGUAAUUUAUGACCAACCUUGUAGUUUGCCCUCAUCCAGUAUUUGUGAGAAGAAGCUGUCGAUGUAAAAAUGGGGGAAUUGGCAUGGUGGAGCAGAGAGAAGUGAAGAAGAUAGUAAGAAAGGCAGAAAACAAAACAGAAAAGUGAAAUAUUUGAUAUCAAAAUCAAUGCUGAAAAUAUCAAGAAAGCUACGCCAACUUUAAUCUUAGCUGAGAAACAGGAUGGAAAGACUGAUUUCUGUACAUAACACUAGUGGUAGGCCAGUAUCAUGUUCUGAUUAACAGCCCUAGAAAUGGAGCCAGGACAGCUGAACUUGAAUUUUUAUUCUACCAUUGACUUGGUGUUUACCUAGGAUUAGCCACAAAUCCUUGGUGUUUCAAGGAGAUUUUAAUUUCUGGUUCUACCAGAGUUGCUUUUUGUCCUUAAAAAUUGCCACUAG